AUGGGGACAUGGGGACUUGGGGACUUGGGGGGAUAUGGGGGAUAUGGGGAGCUGGAGUUCUGCAACGAGACGGCGAAGACCCUCCAGGUUCGCAUCGUGGACGACGAGGAGUACGAGAAACGGGAAAAUUUCUUCAUCGAGCUGGGCCCCCCCCGCUGGCUCAAGCGGGGCAUCUCGGCUCUGCUGCUCAACCAAGGGGACGGGGACCGCGCGCUGUCGGCCGAGGAGGAGGAGGCGCGCCGCAUCGCCGAGAUGGGCAUACCCGUGCUGGGCGAGAACUGCAAGCUGGAGGUCAUCAUCGAGGAGUCCUACGACUUCAAGAACACGGUGGACAAGCUGAUCAAGAAAACCAACCUGGCCACGGUGAUCGGGACCCACUCGUGGCGCGAGCAGUUCCUGGAGGCCAUCACGGUCAGCGCAGGUGGGACCUUGAGGGAGGAGGAAGGGCGCGAGGAGCGGUUGCCGUCGUGCUUCGACUACGUGAUGCACUUCCUGACGGUGUUCUGGAAGGUUCUGUUCGCCUGCGUGCCGCCCACCGCCUACUGCAGCGGCUGGGCCUGCUUCGGCGUCUCCAUCCUCCUCCUCGCGCUGCUCACCGCGCUCAUCGGGGACCUGGCCGCGCACUUCGGCUGCACCGUGGGGCUCAAGGACUCGGUCAACGCCGUGGUCUUCGUGGCACUGGGGACAUCCAUUCCUGACACGUUCGCCAGCAAGGUGGCGGCGCUGCAGGACGCGUGCGCCGACGCGUCCAUCGGCAACGUGACGGGCUCCAACGCCGUGAACGUGUUCCUGGGCCUGGGGGUGGCCUGGUCGGUGGCCGCCAUUUACUGGGCGGCGCAGGGCCGCGCGUUCCGCGUCCCCGCGGGGACCCUGGCCUUCUCCGUCACCCUCUUCACCGCCUUCGCCUUCGUGGGCGUCACCGUGCUGCUGUACCGGCGCCCGGCCCCAUCGGCGGCGAGCUGGGGGGGCCCGCGCACCCCCAAACUGCUGACGGCCGGGCUGUUCCUGGCGCUCUGGCUGCUCUACGUGCUGUUCGCCAGCCUGGAGGCCUAUUGUCACAUCAGGGGCUUCUGAGGGGACACGGCGGGGGGGGGGCGGCGCUUGGGGGGGGCCGCCCGCGGCGCCUCAGGGGGGGUCCUGACACCCCCGGAAACCCCCGGGGUCCCCUGUCACCCCCCAUGUCCCCUUGGGGUUCCCCCUGUCACCCCCCCGGAACCCCCGGGGUCCCCUGUCACCCCCGUGUCCCCUUGGGGUUUCCAUGUCCACCCCCCGAACCCCCGGGGUCCCCCAUCACCCCCAUGUUCCCCUGGGGGGCUCCUGAUACCCCCCUGACCCCCUGGGGUUCCCAUGUCACCCCCAUGUCCCCUUGGGAUCCCCAUGUCACCCCCCAUGUUCCCCUGGGGGUUCCCAUGUCACCCCCCUGAACCCCCGGGGUCCCCUGUCACCCCCGUGUCCCCCCUGGGUUCCUCCUGUCACCCCCAUGUUCCCCUGGGGGGCUCCUGACACCCCCUGAGCCCCUGGGGUCCCCCUGUCACUCCCAUGUCCCCUUGGGAUCCCCAUGUCACCCUCAUGUCCCCUUGGGGUCCCCCCUGUCACCCCCAUGUUCCCAUGUCACCCACCCUGA